AUGAGUGCCAGUCGAUUGACGAUUGUUAAUCUCGAGUAUCUUUUUCGCAUUCUCCACGAUGAUCGAGCAUCACCAAACACUACGGCAUCUAAUACUUUAUGUCAACAGGAAGAUGGCACUGAGUUAUUGGACGUAACGUUGGAAAAAGGUGAUGAUGGAUUAGGCAUUACUGUCGCCGGUUAUGUUAGUCCUGAUUCCACGAAUAAUGAUGCUAUAGCUGGAAUUUUCAUCCGUGACAUUGCAGAAGACAGUGUUUGUGCACGCGAUGGCCGUUUGACUAUCGGUGACCAAAUUAUCGAAGUUAAUGAUCAAUCAUUGAAUGGCUUUUCUAAUGUUCAAGCACUCUAUUUAUUACAAAAUACGAGUUCAUCCGUAAGAUUGAAGGUUCGACGUUAUCUUGACGGUGCGAAGCAUGAGAAAAUCAAAGAAAUGAUUGCACUAGAAUCCGCACAUCAAGGUGAAGAAAAGCUUGAAUAUCAGCCACAAUUAAACAUCAAUGAACAAGUCGGCCAGAAAUGGUCGAAAGUUCUCGGAAAUAAUUAUGAAAUUCUUAUUGCUGAUGUCUAUAAACCUGAUAAUGGUGGUUUGGGUAUCACACUAGAGGGCACAGUGGAUAUUGAAAAUGGCGAAGAAGUUCGACCGCAUCAUUAUAUACGAGCAUUGUUACGUGAAGGACCCAUAGGAAUGGAAGGGACACUGAGAUCCGGUGAUGAAUUACUCGAAGUUAACAAUCAAGUCCUCUAUGGAAAGAACCAUAUUCACGUUAUUGAAAUUCUCAAACGUGUUAAACAUCAAAUCAAACUCGUUUGUGCACGCCGUAAAUCUCCUCCGACGACUCAAACAGCUAUAUCGAACCAUACGAAUACAAACCGUACUCGUUCGAUAUCGUUUGGUAAAACAGCGGAGAUCGUUGUCAAAGCUAAGAGUCUGGGAACUUUGGAUUCCACCGAUGUUGCAAUCAACCUUCUUUCACCAUUGAAAAAAUCUCCUAAAUACAUCAGAUCUCGUUCUUUAGAAGUCAUUUCAAAUUUAGCUCUCUGGUCAACAUCAAUUGUCAAUGUCGAAUUAAUUAAAGGUGAUAAUGGUUUGGGAUUUUCCAUUCUCGAUUAUCAAGAUCCCUCCAAUCCAAGUCAUUCACCAGUUAUCGUUAUUCGAGCUUUAGUACCAGGUGGCGUAACACAACUGGAUGGCCGUAUCGUUCCCGGCGAUCGUUUAGUAGCAGUGAAUGAUAUCACAUUGGAAAAUAUGACUUUAGAUGAUGUGAUUAAGAUCUUAAAAUCCACUUCGAAAGGUCGUGUGAAAUUAAGCAUAUCCAAACCAUUGCCUUAUCCAAAAUUUAAGAAUGAUAAUGAUGAUAAAAUACUUACUGAUAGCGAUCAAGAUGUAAAUAUAAACCAACAAUCAUCGCAAUCGAAUAAGAGUGAAGCAACAACAUCGUCAGUACCACUAACAACAGUAGCAGAACAGCGUCAUAAUCAUCAUCAGCGAUCUGCUUCAACUCAUCGUCCUUCACAUUCAUCAGCUGUUAAACAACCAGCUGUUUCGGCUGGAAUUGCUCUAUCGGCUCCAGCUAUUCUCAGUAAACAUGAAUAUAUUGAAUCGCUAGUAAAUAAGGAAAAUAUGAGAGAACAAACUGAAAAACGUGCCUUCAGUGUUAAUCGAAAACACCGUCGUUCCAAGACGACUUGUUUGGACAAAACGGACAUGAUUAAAGAUAAAAUUCGACAAUUGAACAAAGAAGAAUACCUUGAUCUACUGCCAAAACCGAAAUCUCAAAUACAGGAAAAACUAUCGACGAAUGUCAUAUCCAAUUUACCUGAAUUUCCUUCGUUCCGGUCAGAUCACCUUGUACUUUACCCGCAAAUAGCCUCGUCGCCAUUCUACGAUCGGUUACGUGGUUCAUCAGCUUUCUCUACGACUAAAUUCAAUCGACAAUCAACGAAUAAUAAUCUCAAUAAUAAUAUCAUAGGCCAAACAGCGGCAAUCGUUAGCGGCGGAUCGCCACGUACAAGUCAUUAUGUCUCAUCAUCGAAAAGAUCAUCUCGAUCACGGGCAGUCUGUGAUCAACAGCAUGCUCAAGUUACUCGCCCGUCCGUACUACGACCAACGACGAAUACACUUGAUUCGUUGGCAUGUUUUCCGCACCCUGACUUGAGUAGCGACGACGACCAUCACAACAAUAACAAGAAUAACAUUAAUUAUAGCAUUGCACGUCCAUCAUCCUCAUCAUCGUCAUUAGCACAAAGACAAUCGAUUAAAAAUGUUCUUCAUUCGCCAUCCACUCCCGUAACUGCAGCAAGCGUUGUGGACGAAGAUGCUCACGAAGUCGAUGCUAUCAUUAAGCAACACGAACGUGUAUUUAGCAAUGAUAAUAAUGAAAAUCACAGUGUAACACCAUCAGCAAUCAAAACUCCGACGACACCCACCACAACAACUAAAUGGACCUCAUCAAGACAGUCGUCGCGUAUGGCUUCACCUGCUCUAUCGACUAGUUCGCAAUCUUCCGGACGUGUCAUCACAUUUCUUAAUCAUGAAGUGAUACAAUUACCUGUUUACCUUGAACGUGAAUUACGUGUUAAACAAAAUUUUGAUCAACUCGGCUUAGUGGUUGAUGCGUAUAUUGACGAAGGUGUCAAUGGAUGUUAUGUACGUUCGAUAGCUCCAACCUCAACUCUAACUAGCCAACAUGGCUUACGGCCUGGUGAUUAUAUCUUAUCCAUUAACAACGAAAAUAUGAGAAAAAUAAGCAAUGCACAAGCACGUUCAAUCAUACGGCGAGCAUCACUUGUCGGGUCAGAUAUCAGUGUCAUUUUCAUUCCGGGCGAUGAUGCUAAACAAUUUAAAGAUCACACACUCGAUCCACAAACAACGUCAUCGCCGAUACCGCCCGAAAUAACUGAUUCGGAUAUAGAACAUUGCGUAGCGAGAUCGGUCACAACACCUAACGAAGAAGCAGAGUGUUCGUACGGGUUCGAUGCACAAAAUCAGCAACAAUCCUAUUCAAAUGUGAUCGAUAGUGAAGCAUUGAGUGCAGCGCUAUGGGGACCUCCACGAACUGUUAUUCUCUAUCGAAAUGAACAUGUUAAAAGCUUGGGAAUCAGUAUCGUCGGUGGAAAACUUGAUUUCUCUGGACCUGGAAAUACUAUUGAAUCGUGUAUAUCAGGAAUAUUUAUAAAACAUGUUCUACCAGACUCGCCAGCGGGUCGAAAUGGUACAUUGAAGACAGGUGACUUAAUCUUAGAAGUCAACGGACAUAAUCUUCGUGAUGCAUCACACGAUCGUGCUGUAGAAAUCAUUCGUGCAGCACAAUCACCUGUGAACUUUAUCGUUCAAAGUUUGCUUGAUCCUUCGAAUCCCACGUCGACGUCGAAUGCUGAUCUUUCAUCAACGAAUUUUUCUCACAUUCCAAUGAAUUCUCCGUCGCAAAGUCGAAUUAUCCCCAUUAAUAAAGUUUCGAAUACAAAUGAACGCAAAACCGAAGAAGAACUGAUCAAACAGUACGGACAUUUGAAUGGUGAUCUUUACUACAUUGAUAUCAAACGAACAAUUGCCGAAAUCAACGAACCUCUGGGACUUUCUCUUAUCGGUCAUCGUGAUCCGACUAAACUUGCCGUAUUUGUUUGUGACAUUCAACCAGGCUCAUUACUCGAUCGUGACUCCCGUAUACAUCCUGGCGAUCAAUUACUCGAAGUUAAUGGAGAAAUCCUUUUGGGUAAAGCACACUCAGCAGUGACUCCAAUUAUUAAAUCAAUUAAAGCAGAUACAUUGAACUUCGUCUUGCUUCGAAAUCCAAAUGCAAUCGAUGAUAUGGCCUUAAAUAGCCAACAUGCCGCCGCGGCACGUCUUCGGGCAUCGGCCAUGGCGUCUUCUGAUGUGCAUCACAUAGCGGCUUCUAACAAAUUAGUACGAAGUCAACCAUUAUCAUCAGUUCCACAUCCGAUAGAACAACAGAUGACAAACGAUGCUAGUCAUCAUCAUCAGCGUACUCAUGUCCCAAGGCAUCAACCGGAUGUCAAUGAACAGAAGAAAAAUGACGAUAGACUAACAACGACAUCGAUUUUCCCGCCUUCUUCGCAUCAAUGUGAUGAGAGAUACGAUAUUGAAAAUAAGACGCAUGAGAAAAGAUGUUCAAUUUCCCAAAUAACGUCAAUCGCAAAGGAUGAAAGAACUUCGGAGCCUGAAAAACUGCAAGUAUCACCAACAUCAUCAUCGUCGCCUAAUCGAAUAAGAACAACAACUGACGUUCAAACGAACAACAACGAAGUUUCAUUAUUAAAUCAUAAUAUUUGUAGUCAGACGACGAUCACAGACAUGAAUUCUGUUUCUUCCGAUGGUAGUUCUUCUACUCGCCGUUUCAUUCCGUCAGCCGUCGAUCAACAAUCGGGCGUAUAUGGAAAUGAUCAAUCUUUACCAACACUCCCCUCAUCAGUAACUUCAAUUUCAUCAAGCUCAUUAAUGCAUGAACAAGCAAAUCAUGCAAAUGAUAAAUAUUUAGAAAAUCCACUUCAAAUAUCAAGUUCUCCUCAUCGUAAUCCAAUUGAACUCAACAAAGAUAAAACCUCACCUACACAUUCGACUGCAAUCAUCCAGUCAAGUCAACCAACAAAACAGACAAGUAAUAACUUGCCUUCAGACGUCAGUAUAUCAUCACCUAGCAAAGAGAAAAUGCAAGAUAAUUUCCCCAACCUCCCGACAACUUCUCGAACAACAACUAUGAAUGGUGCUCUGACAACACGCAUUUCUAAUACAUCAUCGUCUUCAAGUUCCUCGUCGUCACUUUCAGUUUCCACGCCUUCAUCAACUGAGCAUAUAACUCGAAAACAAGUACCAUUAUCCUCAACACAAGUGGUGCGACGUAUUUCUAUGUCGACACCUGGUGCCCCGAUCACUCUCAUACUAAAUAAAGAUCACAGAGAUUCGUUUGGCUUAACUGUUGCACAACAUGAUAACGAAAUUUGGGUGCAAAGUGUUCAACCACAUGGACCAGCCGAUCAACACGAUAUCCGUGCUGGUGACCACUUAAUACAAAUCAAUGGAAUUCCAGUUGACUCCUUGAAAUUUACUGAUAUACAAAGUAUGUUAGAACGUGCCAAUAGUAAUCAAAUACACCUAACAUGUAUCCCAUAUCGGGAACCACAACCACAACCGGUUGUCGUUAAUAUCAAUCAAAUGGAAAGUUUACCAUUGUUAACUUCAAACGAUUCUGAAAGCAACAAAGAAGACGAUCCUCGUACACGAUCAAUACUUGUUGGACAAGAAACACUGAUUGAAAUCGAUCGCGGCCAAUCCGGUCUCGGACUUUCCGUAGUUGGUGGAUCCGAUACUCAACUAUCUGGAAUUAUCAUUCAUGAUAUCUAUGAUGGUUGUGCUGCACAACGGGAUGGGCGUUUACUUGUUGGUGAUCAAAUUCUCGAAGUUAAUUCAAUUGAUUUGCGCUUUGCCACCCACGAAGAAGCGAUUCAAGCAUUACGACAAGCGACGAAUGUAGUUACUAUAUUAGUCCUACGAGGAAAAAUGCUAACCGAAAUGAUGAAUGAACAAGAUAAAUUUGAUGUUAUCAAUGUUGAAUUGGUUAAGAAAUCAGGCAAAGGACUUGGCAAGUCUUCCAUCAUUGGACGACGGCAUGGCUUUGGUGUAUUCAUUUCUCAUAUUUUGGAAGGCGGUUGUGCAGAAAAAGAUGGUCGAUUGAUGUCUGGUGAUUUAAUCUUAGAGGUCAAUGGACAAGAUCUACGCGCAGCAGCUUACGAACACGUUGCUUACACAUUGAAGACACUUCCACAUGGCCGUGUGAACAUCAAAAUCGGUCGUUUAAAAGCUAGCGCUCAAACGCAAAGUCGUCAGAAUUCUGCAGGCAAUGAUCGUAAAAAUCGUUCACGUUCGUCUUCAUCCAACUUUCGACGUUCAUCAGCACACAAAGUCAACGAUAGAUGA